AUGGCGUCCCUUCAGAGCUCGCCUUCAAUUCACCGUACAUUGUUCCUCAAUUCUUCUCCUCAGUUAGGUUUGCGUACGCACGGCACGUUCCCUUGCUGUAGACAAGGCAUUCCCUAUCUCAUUCGGGCUAAGCAGACUGCAGCUCCAGCUUCUCAUUUUCAUGAUAGAUCUGGAAGACGCCAAUUUAUUACUGUUGGGGUCAUUGUCCCAUUGUUUUCUUUGGUUAAUCAUACUUCUUCAUCAUUUGCUGCAGAAACCAAAAAGGGAUUUCUACCAGUCAACAAAAACAAGGACGGAUACUCUUUUCUCUAUCCUUUUGGGUGGCGGGAAGUGAUUAUCGAAGGUGAAGAUAAGGUCUAUAAAGAUGUCAUUGAGCCAUUAGAAAGUGUCAGCAUAAAUUUUGUCUCAACAAAUAAAGAGGACAUUAGAGACUUUGGGCCUCCACAACAGGUUGCUGGAACUUUCAUUAAAACGUUUUUGGCGCCUUCUUCCCAGAAAACAAAACUAAUUGAGGCGUCAGAGCAUGAUGUUGAUGGAACUGCUUAUUACACAUUUGAGUUCAUUGCUCAGGCUCCAAAUUAUACUCGUCAUGCCCUUAGUACAAUCUGCAUCGGCAAUGGUAUGAAACAUAUCUAUGCUCAAUGGGUCAAUUUUUUCACAUCAAAUGCAUGAACAUUGUGAGCACUCUUUUUCUGCUGAAUGCUGAUUGGAUCUUGAGAAAAGAAAUUAUUUCGAAAUAUUAUGCACAGGAACUAAACGAUAU